UUUCAUAUUCCGGACCAAUUGACGUGUCGAUAUAUUAAUAAGGUUUUGCUUGAAACAAUUUGAGUUUGAAAACUGCUUUGCAAUGAAUUUGUUAUCACGGAAUGAUUUUUAUAUUUCUUAGCAGAGAACGGUUUACUGACGACCGAGGACUUCAUCAUCGGGGAUCGAGUAUGGGUGAACGGCACAAGGCCUGGAUACAUCCAGUACAUCGGAGAAACGCAGUUCUCCCAGGGAGACUGGGCAGGCGUGGUGCUGGACGAUCCAAUAGGAAAGCACGACGGUUGUGUCGGAGGUGUUCGAUACUUCCAGUGUGAUCCCACGAAAGGAAUCUUUAUCCGUCCCUAUAAACUCACUCGCUUCCCGACGUCCCCAAGCACUAACGGUUGCAAAAAAAACAAGUCCGCCUCUCCUGAAAUGAAAGUGACCAAAUCCCGUGUAGUCACUCCCCCUGGGAAACGAGGAUCUUCCGGUAAUUGUUCAAUUACCACUACCACCGCCACUAGCGGUGGUAACGGAUUUCUGAGGAUCGGUGACCGGGUUGUUGUCAACUCUCUGAACGGAACCAAGACGGGCACCUUGCGUUAUCUUGGUAGCACUGAUUUCGCUAGUGGACAGUGGGCUGGGGUGGAACUAGAUGAGCCCACAGGACGGAACGAUGGAUCCGUGGCAGGAAAACGGUACUUCAGUUGUAAGAUGGAUUUUGGUCUGUUUGCCCCAGUGCAUAAGGUAGCCCGAGUCGCCAGGACUUCAACUACAAAGGUUACCCGGGUCACUACUCUUGAACCAGUCUCUUCACCAGUAAUUCGUCGGUCGCUGAGCCCGGACUCUUUGAACAACUCAUUUAAUGAGAAGCUUCUCAAGAUUUGAGAAAACCGUACAAAGGAACAAAAAGUUGAACUUCAUUUCCAGAGUUCUAAUUGGGAGAUACGAUCUGAAAUCUUUACAAAACACCCGAGUUCUUUAUAAGAAUAUUUAUAACAAAACACGCCACCGUACUGGAAAAUAAACAACUACAAAAUGAUGAUGCGUAAAUUAAACUUUUUAUCUAAUGGAUUUAGUAGAAUAAAAUGGCUUCCUGUUUUAAAGAAGCUUAGUUAGAAAUAUUACCUAAAUUCAGCUAAUUUUAAUGUUUUUUGCCUCGAAACUGCAAGAUUAUUAGAAGCUAUACGUAUUCUUGAAGCCUUAUACGUAACACAUUUUGUGAAUAUGACUAAUUAACAGUAGUAACUAUAACCCUUACUUCACUGCCUUGUGAUAUAUAGUAGCGAUACAUACAUUUAGUACAAACAUUUGGAAAAAUUUUUAAGCACAUUAGGAUCAGGUACGUUCCAAGUAUCAACGUAUCGUGUGCGUGGAAUUCUUUAUAUUUUUUCAAUAUUUUGUUAGUUUGUUUAUUACUUGGUUUCUUGUGUUUGUUUUUAAUUUUGGUGUUGGGACUUUUGAAGGUGUCUAGAUUUUAAAAUGCAUAAAUUAUUGGAUAUAUUAAAUGUAUCAGUUGUUUCUGUAAGGAAAAUUAUAUAUAUAUAUAUGUUCGUGUGAUUCUUAUAACGCAAGAUGUUAAUGGUAAUUGUAUUAUUGUAAUUAAUUGUGAUAGUUUUAACCAAAUACCUUAGCGUGCGUGUGUAUAUAUAUAUACAGCUUAUUGCCCAGACGCUCAUCUUUCUAAUAACUUGCACAGACGUUGCUAGAAGCCAGAUUUGUAUAGACUGUGUAGAGUGUGAUAUGUAAUCAAUGUUUACGGAAUAAAACAAAACUGUAAAUAACUUCCACAAA